AUGAGUUUCCUGCCGAGGUGCAGCGCAGGCUGCUGUGCCAAGUGCACCUGCCCCAGCAGUUUGCAGCCCGUGCGGAAGCCAGGCAGUGAGCCAGCAGCGCCCCCACAUGGACAGAACUGGGGACAAAGAGGCCUUUUGGAGGCCAAUUGGAGGACCCAGACAGUCAGCAAACUAGCCAGUGAAAGUUUGUAUAAAUGUGGUCAAGAAAAAAUAGAGCAGUCCUCUCAGAAAAUGGCAGCCGAGGCAGGAGCGCAUGGCGAGCGUGUCCACCGGCCCCGGGAGUUGCACGGCACAGCGCCGGGAAAGCCGGUCUCAGCUUUGUGCGAGGAGCCAGUGCAGCGAGGUGGCCUCCGGCGGCUGGCCGCGGCCUCCACUGCUGGUCUUCCCGCUGGCAGUGGGGCCCGGAGCAGGUGCAGGGCAUCGCGGGGGUGUUCUGCAGCGCUGCGGCCGCUGGUGCCGAGGAGCACGGCGUGCGGGGUGGCGGUGGCAGGCACGGUGUUUGUCAUGAGACGCACUGUUAACAAUGGUCAAGCUAUGGAAGCAAUCCAAGCAUCCAUCACUAUACGAAUGGAUAAAGAGGAUGUGAUCUGUAUCAACAGGGCAGAGCAUCUAAAGGCUUUUGAUGAUGAAAUCAAUGCUUUUUUGGACAAUAUGUUUGGACCUCGAGAUUCUCGAGUCAGAGGAUGGUUCAUGUUGGACUCUUACCUUCCUACCUUUGUUCUUACUGUCCUGUAUCUGCUUUCCAUAUGGCUGGGUAACAAAUACAUGAAGAACAGACAUGCGCUCUCCCUCAGGGGCACCCUCACCCUGUACAAUUUCGGAAUCACCCUUCUCUCCGUGUAUAUGCUGGCUGAGCUUAUUCUCUCCAGUUGGGAAGGAGGCUACAAUUUACAGUGUCAGGAUCUCACCAGUGCAGGGGAAGCCGAUGUCCGGGUAGCCAAGGUGUUGUGGUGGUACUACUUCUCCAAAUUAAUAGAGUUCCUGGACACCAUUUUCUUCGUUCUGCGGAAAAAAACCAGCCAGAUUACUUUUCUUCAUGUAUACCAUCAUGCCUCCAUGUUUAACAUCUGGUGGUGUGUUUUGAACUGGAUACCUUGUGGGCAAAGUUUCUUUGGACCCACGCUGAACAGUUUUAUCCACAUCCUCAUGUACUCCUACUAUGGCCUUUCUGUAUUUCCGUCUAUGCACAAGUACCUCUGGUGGAAGAAAUACCUCACGCAGGCUCAACUGGUGCAGUUCGUGCUCACCAUCACGCACACGCUGAGCGCCGUGGUGAAACCAUGCGGCUUCCCCUUCGGCUGCCUCAUCUUCCAGUCUUCCUACAUGCUCACCUUAGUCAUCCUGUUCCUAAACUUUUACAUUCAGACGUACCGAAGAAAGCCAGGGAAGAAAGCUGCGGGAGAGCCACCUGCAGGGAAGGAAGUUAGGAACGGCUUCUCCAAAGCCUGCUUCUCUGCAGCGAAUGGGGUAAUAAACAAGAAAGCCCAGUAAACGUCGAGGAACAGACAAAGCACGUAUAAUAGCCUCGCAGAUCCGCUUGUUUUAAAGCAAAGACUGAAUUGAAAGUUAUAUAUGUUUUAGCAUAAACUAAUUUCUUUUGAGUUUAUAAAUCAUUUGUACCCGGAAUGUAUUAAUAUAUUGCUGAAUGCUUCCGUCAACACACGUGUCACCUCGGACACCGAACUCUGUAGACCUCAGAGCUGGUGCGGCUUCUGUCUCCCCCCAAGACCGACCCCCUCACCAGCACGGUCGUUAUAACGCCUUAGACACACACAGAGCCAGGAAACACGGAGCCUUGUUUUCCGAAGCCAGUCUUCAAAUACAGUUUUAUUCAGAUUGAAAUGUUUAAAACAAAAUGUUAAUUACCUUUCUAACUACAGGAUAUGUCUUCAUCUGUGUUAAGCAAUACCGGCCAGUGCGUAGUCAGUCCAUUUGUUCUGUUAGGACCCGACCCCAGAAAACAUGAACAUGGAUUAUAAACGGAAGACAGGAAAAUCUAGCACAACUUUUUCUUUUGAGGUAGAGUCUGUCAAAUUCCUACACUAAGUCUCAACUUGGUGAUGUGGUAAUGAAAUUUGUAUUUUAUUGUAAUGAUUACUUUUUUUUCCCUAAGAAGAAAAACUCUUCUGCCGAAUGCUCCUUGCUCAAGGGCUUGAUAGGAGUAGUUCUCACUUUUAAUUUGGUGUCCUUAACUAUUCACGUAGUCCUCUCUGCCUCCCAUUCAAGUUACCCUCGUUUAGGUUGUAAAUGGUCACCGUGUUCAGUUUUAAAACCAGGGUCUAAAUCUGGCUGCCCGUUUCCUUUCCGACCAAGGAAUCUUCCCUUCUCCUUGGAAGAAUAAGCUACUGGAAUAUUUGUAAGUCAGAGCAGUGGGGGCAAAAUAGACAUUGAAUUUGUCUGCUCUUGUGAGUAUUAUCCCCAAAUACCUGCUGUCACUCUUGGCAGGUUAAGUUUUUGAAAAUAGGAAGAAAGAGAGGACUGUGCAAAGAUUCCGGCAGGGGCUGGGUGCUGGUGGUGAGCCACACCCCUGCCCAGGUGACACACUUGCUGCUGGGAGCACAGACAAAAGUGGAGAAAAACAGUAAUAUUUUUUUCCUAAGUAUUGGACUUUUACUACUAAAUUACACCAGGGAUGGAAACAAUAUUUUUUCAAGAUAUGAGGAAGAUUUAUAUCCUGUGAAACUAAGACUUGCCAACUUUGACACUUUCUCUCUGAUCGUCCCUUUAAAAUGGCGUGGAGGUCCUGAGGUUGAGGUCAGACACACAAGGGCCGGAAAGGCAGGCUCAUGGUUGCCCAGACGCAGCUCCGUUUGGGAGUGCCUUUCUGUCUCUGGGCCCGCUUGCUUUCCAGUCUGAAAACGGUUUUCCCUGUUUAAAAAAGAGCACGGACUUGGGCCCAGCAUCGCACACGGACACCAACAGAGGUCUCUCACUCUGGCUCGUGUCCACUGCCCUCUCGGGACCCGGCCUGCUUUGCGGAAGGUGACUGACCUUAGCUUAGCAGGUCUUCGUGCGGGAGGUGCUGCGCAUGUGUGCGUGUAACAAACAUGGGCGCUUGGCCCAUUUUUACUGAACACCCACCCACUUACUCUUGGAUUUCCUUUUCUAAGUUUUCCAAAACUAAGUUCUCUAGGGUGCUUAACCCCCACCUCCUCCCAUCCCGUCCGAGCCGUGUCCUCUCCCAGGGCCGGCGCCGAGCAGCCGUGUCAUUCCUCUCUGUAACAGAACACAGCUGGACUCUAGUUCAGUCUCAGGCCCCAAACGAGGGCUGAAAUCUGUUACCAAAGUGCAUUCCAGGUAAACAUGAGACCCAGAGGGCAGGCCGACCUCACUGGCCAUCCACUGGUCGCAGCUCACUCUCAACGUCAGUGAGGCCCUCGCAUCUCCGCACUGUGCAGCACACACGUGCGUCUUUGGUGCCCUCACAGACCUCACGUUGGCAGAGCAAGGAGGGCAGCCAGCCUUCGGCAGAUGACACAGCCAAACCGCUGUAAGUGCAGCGCAGCGGGAAGCCUCAAAGGGAAAACCGUGAGUCGUUUGCACUUCCAAGUUCCAUUUAGAGGUUUCAGGACGCUCUUUCCCCAUUGGGUCUUUCAUUCUUGUGAACCUGUUACAGCACUUAUAGCCUUAAACCAUUCAAGGGCUGAUACAAACGCACAGAAGUAUGAGAUCUUAGCCACAGAAGCUGAAUCAGGUGAAUAUUUUAACCUGUCUUUAAGUGUUGGAAUUUUUUAAAAAGCAAACUGUCUACAUUUAAUGAGAUUUUCCUAAAACCAGAAAAAUAAAACCUCUAUAAUCUGUUAAAAACUUUUUUUGCCCGAAUUUCCUUUUACUCAUAAGAAUGAAACUAUUUAAUACUGUAAGCACAUGUUAAAAAUUCCAAUUUUUAAAAAUAAAAUGGUGUGUUAUAUGGAGAUGAAGAGGCAUUGUCAAACCAUCAAAAUUAUAUAUUGAACCUCUACCCAUCAGAGGUACUUACUUUUCUUUGUGAGGCAAAAUGGUAUUUACUGGGAUGGGCAGAACCGCACUUUGUAAGAGACCAUUCUGAUACUUCUGUAUCAUUUUAUGAUGUUUCUAGAGUCUUCCUUAUUUGGAAAAUAAGGAUAUCACUUUUUAGUUUUCUUUUGAAAGUACUCAAGAACAUAGUAUCAUGAUUGGAGUGGACAGGGAGACAGGAGAAGCCAUUUUUCUUUGUAGGCAGAUAAAAAGCAUUCUGUAUGAUUGUUGUAUAAUAAAUUGAUUUUUACACUAAAGCAAAAGCAUGUUGAGAUUGUUCUUAUUUGGUUCCAAGAAGUUAAAAUGUGUGCCGGCAUGGUCCAAAUGACCAAUCUGACUCAGGAAUUUUUUUUAAUAAAGGGAUAUUUUAGUAAUGAA